AGAUAACAAAUUCUUUCAUAUCGUCGAGCAAUUAACAUCAGCUCACAAGCAAAAUUUAUUUUAUCUCAUAACAAAAAUCAAAAUUCUUCAUAAAUAUGGCCAAUAAAUUUGUACUCAUCGCUUUGUUCGCCUGUGUCGCUGUAGCGAAUGCUGGUCUACUGCCUGCUGCUGCCAUUGGACCUGCUGUUGUCGCGCCUUAUGCAUCCUCGUUUAAUGCUCAUCACAUCAAUCAUGCUGUUGCUUUGCCAGUCGCCCCACCCGCAGUGCCAGUUGCUGCACCCGCACCCUUAGCAGUUGCCGCCCCACCAAGAGUUUCAUUCGCCGCACCGGCACCUUUUGCUGCGCCAUUAGCGCUUGCGCCUAAACUGGCCUUUGCUGCUCCAGCUCCAGUGGCCUUUGCUGCACCCGCUAGAAUUGCAGCACCUCUAGCUGCUCCUUUGGCCGCGCCAGUGGCAGCUCCUCUGCCAUUUGCCCCAGCACCUCUUCAUUACGCUCCGGCACCUUUACGAUACGCUGCACCAGCUCCAUUUUUCGGUUAAUCCAAUAAAAGUACCUGAACUAUAAUCGUUUGUAAAUACUGAAGUGCCUUGUUUAUAGUUAAAUUAUGAAUAAAAACUGAUUCCUCUUAGUUCAAUGUUAA